AUGUCAGCUUCAGUAAAUUUUAAAAAAUCACCAAGUUUGCAUUAUCGACAAAGUGGCCAGCCAAAUUACGCCUCAUCUUCAGAUUCACACCAUCCACCAAAACCGCCAUCCCAACCACCCGCAUCAUUUCUACGCCACCCUGAAGAUGUUCUUUCUGCACCUCCUCCCCAACAGCCAAGUACAGGAAGUCAGUGGUUGGCUAUUGCUCCAGCCUCUCCGUUUCCACCACAUCAAGGGGCCUCGUCACCAAUGUUCCAUCAUCCUAAUACGCACUCAACUUUCCAACUUCAUCCCGAAUGUUACGGUCAAAUGCCACCCGCAGUUAAUCUAUCUCAUGCUGCAGCUUUUAUGUGCAACUACUCUCCUGUAGAUCCAGCAGCCAGAUUCUAUGUUAAUGGCAGCUUGACUCAGACGAUUGAAGCUUAUCAGCAACCGAGGACCCCUCAAUCAGGGCCCCGCGCUGGCUAUUCCUUUCAGACCCAUGAAAUGGGUCUACACCCACCCGAUCAUUCUGCUAUGAAGCGUCCAAACGAUUUGGAUUAUCUAAGACCUCGGAAAGGUUCCCUUCCAACUUCCCAACAACAGCAGAUAUCUCCUGGGAAAUCCGGGAAGAUGCUCUUCCCAAUUCGACCCCCCACUUUAGUAUCUACUGGGUCCCCACCUCCCUUGCCUCCGAGACAACCCCGACAACAACAGAUUUCUCAACAGCAACAGACGUCUCAACAAACACGUCCACCUGCUCUACCACCUCCACCAUCAGGUUCUGGGCAGAGAGUUCAGAAACAGACGGAUCCUUGGAGUAAUUGGGGAGGGGCUUCGGUUGCAAUGACAACUGCUGCAAAUGGCGGAGGUGUACUUCACUCUGUGUCUUUUAUUUCUUCACCAACUCCUGGAAAAGCACAAAGGUUUCCGAUACAUCCUAGUGUGAAUCGACCAUCAACACUCCUUCCAAGCGGUGAUGAGGCCCCACAAAGUCACUGCCUCAAACCACCUUCUUCAAAUGCUAUUAGAGAGACCACUCCAAUCCGUAUAAAUCGUCACAAGACCAAGUCUCCAUCACCUUGUUUACCGAGUGGAAGUGGAAAUCAUUCUAAAGCGAGCACACCAAAUCGUCAGAGACAAUUCCAAUCAGUCGAACGCCAAAUUUCCCCCAGUGAUGAGAUAUUUAGACAAAACAUGCAUCGAUUAAGUACAGCCGUUACAGCUUCCAAAUCUCCAGGAUCAGUUGAACCUCCACCUCUUUCAACUGCUGAGCCUCAUCGGGGUUGUCAUCCUCCCGAUCCAGUGAGUAGUGGAUCACAAGAAGAACCCGGCCAAGUAAAAGCAUUCACAGCUGGUCUUUCAACAUCUCUCACUUCGUUAUCCCAUUCCUCUUCCCUCUCCGAUUUCGAUACUGAAGGUUCCAUCACUUCCGCUAGCUCCUCCUCCUCCUCCUCGGUUAUCCAUGAUAGCCAUCAUCACUGUGACAGCUCCUCCUCCCACUCUUCCUCCUCAAGUUUCUGCUACGGUUGUGCUCAUAGCGGCGCGAAUGCAACCUCAGCCCCAGCUGCAAAAUCCGAUGUCGCUGUCACCAAUAUAGCCCCACAAGCCACUGCCAUCUCCGUUACUACAGAUAGCGAUUACGUGCCAUUUGUGAAGGCAGUAAACCCAGCUGUCUAUCGUCGCUUCAUUGAACAAAAGUACUUUUCGAAUGUUGGGCGAGUUCAUAAGGAACGGGAGGAGAGGCAAGCCCGACUUGAAGCCGAAAUGGCGCUUAUGGGUUUGAGUGAGGCCUCUCGGGCUCAUAUGCGAAAAAUGCUCCAAGCUAAGGAGUCAAACUACAUGCGUAUGCAGCGAGCUAGAAUGGAUGAAAGCAUGUUCAUUCGGCUCAAACGCCUUGGUGUUGGAGCAUUUGGGUGGGUAUGGCUAGUUCGAAAGAAGGAAAAUCGUCAGUUGUAUGCAAUGAAGAUUCUAAAGAAACGAGAUGUUGUGAGAAGACGCCAACUGGCGCAUGUGCAGGCUGAGAGAGAUAUUUUGGCCGAGGCAGACAGUGAUUGGGUGGUUAAACUCUUCUUCUCAUUCCAGGACUCCCACGCUCUCUACCUGGUUAUGGAAUAUAUUCCUGGCAAGCCUCCUGUCUUUAUCGUUCUGAGGUUAGUAGCACCAUUCUACGAUCGAAUUGAUGAUACAAGUGGCGACAUGAUGUCCCUGUUGAUAAAGAAGGAGAUUUUCGAGGAGCCUCUUGCUCGCUUCUACAUUGCUGAACUAACUCUUGCCCUGGAAAGCGUUCAUGAGCUUGGAUUCAUUCACAGGUGA